GACCUGCGCCCCUGGCCGCGAUGAGCCUCCCCUCGGGCCUCCGGGCCAGCGCCGGCUCCACCUCGUACCGCCGCGCCUUCGGGCCGCCGCCCUCGCUGUCCCCGGGGGCCUUCUCCUUCGCGUCCAGCUCGCGCUUCUCCAGCAGCCGCCUGCUGGGCUCGGCGUCCUCCGGCUCCUCGGGGCGCCUGGGCGGCUUCCGCGGGCCGCGGGCGGGCUCCCUGCUGCGCCUGCCCUCGGAGCGCCUCGACUUCUCCGUGGCCGAGGCCCUCAACCAGGAGUUCCUGGCCACGCGCAGCAACGAGAAGCAGGAGCUGCAGGAGCUCAACGACCGCUUCGCCAACUUCAUCGAGAAGGUGCGCUUCCUGGAGCAGCAGAACGCGGCCCUGCGCGGGGAGCUGAGCCAGGCCCGGGGCCAGGAGCCGGCGCGCGCCGACCAGCUGUGCCAGCAGGAGCUGCGCGAGCUGCGCCGGGAGCUGGAGCUGCUGGGCCGCGAGCGCGACCGGGUGCAGGUGGAGCGCGACGGGCUGGCCGAGGACCUGGCGGCGCUCAAGCAGAGGUUGGAGGACGAGAUGCGCAAGCGGGAGGGCCUCGUGCUCUUCCGCAAGGACGUGGACGAUGCCACCCUGUCGCGCCUGGAACUGGAGCGCAAGAUCGAGUCUCUGAUGGAUGAGAUUGAGUUUCUCAAGAAACUGCACGAGGAGGAGCUGCGGGACCUGCAGGUGAGCGUGGACAGCCAGCAGCUGCAGCAGGUCGAGCUAGAGGCGACCGUGAAGCCGGAGCUGACGGCGGCGCUGAGGGACAUCCGCGCGCAGUACGAGAGCAUCGCGGUGAAGAACCUGCAGGAGGCAGAGGAGUGGUACAAGUCCAAGUACGCGGACCUGUCGGACGCCGCCAACCGGAACCACGAGGCCCUGCGCCAGGCCAAGCAGGAGAUGAACGAGUCGCGGCGCCAGAUCCAGAGCCUCACGUGCGAGCUGGACGGGCUGCGCGGCACCAACGAGGCGCUGCUCAGGCAGCUGCGGGAGCUGGAGGAGCAGUUCGCCCUGGAGGCAGGCGGGUACCAGGCGGGCGCCGCGCGGCUGGAGGAGGAGCUGCGGCAGCUGAAGGAGGAGAUGGCCAGGCACCUCCGCGAGUACCAGGAGCUGCUCAACGUCAAGAUGGCCCUGGACAUCGAGAACGCCACCUAACGCAAGCUGCUGGAGGGCGAGGAGAGCCGGAUCUCCGUGCCCGUCCAUUCCUUCGCCCCCUCCGCUCCCCUCGUCCCUCCUUUCCCAGAGAUGGAUCCUCCACAGGACAGUCACAGCCGCAGGACGGUGCUGCUGCCCGAAGGUCGGGGGCCCUCACACCAGCAGGUGGUGACUGAGUCGCAGGAGCAGCGCAGUGAGCUGGGUAAGUCUCCCACUCACAGCUACUGA